AAUGAUUGUUGACAAGUGUUUGACUGUAUAGACAUUAAGUGUUUGAUUGAACGCCAUUUGCAUUAAACUAUAAGUCAAACAAACAAUACAUUAAUUGAUUGAUUGACUAAUUGUUGACUCAUUUCUAACAAUUAAGACAAUCAUUGAAUGGUUUGUCGAUUGAGUGGUCAGACAAGUGAUUGAAUGUCAGACAACAAGACAGACAUUGAUUAUCACUGUUGGAUGUGAUGUCAUACACAUUAACGACUAAAGGCAUACCACAAUCUCGUUCAUCAGCUAAUCCAUUGCAAUCACAUCCGUCACAUCCAUCUCAACAAACACUCGUCACCGCAAUGCCGGUGUCGGCGCCCAACGAGAAGACCAUUUUAUGGCAACAAAACCAAUACAUGGACUCUGGUAUCCAUUCUGGUGCCACCACUCAGACACCAUCACUUACAGGUCGUGAAGAUGACAUGGAAUCAGAUGCCAUGGCCUUUGAUUGGGACCCAAACUUUGGUUCGGCUUUUUCCGAUGAAGCAGUCGAUGAAAUGAACCAACAGUUGAAUCAGACCCGUUCACAGCGGGUGAGGGCCGCUAUGUUUCCCGAAACACUCGACGAGGGAAUGGAAAUCCCUUCGACACAGUUUGACUCAACUCAGCCAACAGCUGUUCAAAGACUUGCAGAGCCCUCGCAGAUGUUGAAGCACGCGGUCGUUAAUCUAAUCAAUUAUCAGGACGACGCAGAUUUGGCCACUCGUGCUAUACCAGAGCUCAUAAAACUGCUCAAUGAUGAGGAUCAGGUUGUGGUAGGACAGGCAGCUAUGAUGGUUCAUCAGUUGUCAAAGAAAGAGGCGUCCCGUCACGCAAUUAUGAACUCACCGCAAAUGGUGGCCGCUUUGGUUAAGGCAAUGUCUCAAUCAAAUGAUUUGGAAACAACCAAAUGCGCGGCCGGUGUCUUACACAACCUCUCACAACACAGACAGGGAUUACUCGCUAUUUUCAAAUCUGGAGGUAUCGUAGCAUUGGUUAAGUUGUUGAGUUCACCCGUAGAGUCGGUACUUUUCUACGCCAUUACAACCCUUCAUAACUUAUUGCUACAUCAAGAAGGCUCUAAAAUGGCUGUCCGUUUGGCCGGUGGCUUACAAAAAAUGGUUGCUUUACUUCAGAGAAAUAAUGUUAAAUUUUUAACCAUUGUUACUGAUUGUCUUCAAAUUUUGGCUUAUGGUAACCAAGAAGGCAAACUCAUAAUACUUGCUUCGGGAGGACCCGCAGAGUUGGUUAGAAUUAUGCGAUCAUUUCCUUACGAGAAGCUAUUGUGGACCACUUCAAGAGUACUUAAAGUGCUAUCAGUUUGUCCCAGUAAUAAGCCGGCAAUUAUCCAAUCAGGAGGAAUGCAAGCUUUGGCCCAACACUUGACUCAUACGAAUCAUAAGCUUGUUCUGAAUGCUUUGUGGACACUUCGCAAUUUGUCUGAUGCGGCCACCAAUCAGAACAAUCUCGAGCCUUUAAUGCAGAGCUUAGUUCAGUUGUUAAGUACAACUGAUAUCAAUGUGGUUACCUGUUCUGCAGGCAUACUGUCCAACUUGACGUGCAAUAACCAAAACAAUAAGACGAUUGUUUGUCAAGUGGGAGGUAUUGAAGCAUUGGUUCGCACUAUAAUGCACGCCGGAGAUCACGAAGAGAUUACUGAACCGGCGGUUUGUGCACUACGACACCUGACCUGCAGACACGCAGAGGCAGAAAUGGCUCAAAACGCAGUUCGACAUCACUAUGGACUUCAAGUAAUUAGCAAACUGUUGAAACCACCGAGUCGUUUGCCAUUAAUUAAAGCUGUCAUCGGAUUGAUCCGUAAUUUGGCUCUUUGUACGGCUAAUCACGAACCACUUCGAACACAUGGAACAAUUCCAAUACUCGUUCAAUUGUUGCAAAAGGCAUAUCAGGAGUCCGGACAGCGCUCUAGUUUAGCUUCCAAUGGUAGCCAAGCGAGUGCUUUGGAUGGCGUAAGAAUGGAAGAGAUUGUUGAGGGAACUGUUGGAUCACUUCAUACUUUAGCUAAAGAUGUUCACAAUAGGGCUGUUAUUCGUAGUUUGAAUGUUAUUCCCGUUUUUGUCAAACUAUUAUACAGCGAUGUCGAGAACAUUCAGCGCGUAGCUGUCGGUGUCCUCUGCGAGUUGGCUAACGAUAAAGAGGGUGCUGAAAUGAUUGAGGCACAGGACGCCACAUCUCCUCUUACAGAACUAUUACAGUCUCGUAAUGACGGAGUGGCUACAUAUGCAGCUGCUGUGUUGUACAGCAUGUCUCAGGACAAGUCCCAGGACUACAAAAAGCGUCUUUCGAUGGAAUUGACAAAUUCCCUAUUUCGAGAAGACGGUGCUAAUUGGGGACCUACUAAUACAGACAUCGAUAUGGGAAUGUUAGGUGCGGACGACACUUUCCACGAUCCACUAUAUCAUGGAAGUCAAGGACCAUCAAGUGUUCACUCGACAGGCAGUCGCCAUAAUCCAUACCACACCGGGCCUUAUGAUACACAGGGUCUCGAUCCUUUGGGCCCACACGGAGGUUAUGCUCAUACAGUAAUGUCAGCAAUGGAUACACCUAUGGAUAUGGGCGAACCAACUGAUCUCAAUUUCGAUGGACUCGAUGGUACUCUUCAUCCUCUUCCUCCGCAACAGCAGCAACAACAACAACAAGGAAUGACUGGACCCGUCACUGCCUGGUAUGACACCGAUCUCUAAAUCAACGAUUCAAUGAUUACUUUAUUACUACUGUAUUUCCAAAGAAAAUAAAUUGGAGACUUAACAGCAUUUGAACCAACUUUAAUGAAAUCAUGUGUUAAUAAUAUAUCAAUCAUUAUUUGAAAUCAAUAGUAUUUAUCAUUUAAUUUUAUCAUUUUAUUUAAUGGUUUAAAAUCGAUCCUAUAUUUAGUAAAAAUAUAUCAUAAAUUAUUUUAAUCAUUUUAUUACAAAAUACUAUUCAUUUUUUAAAAACAAAGCAUUCCAUGUGUUGAGGGCUUUGUCUUCCUUUCAAUUUUAGUGCCAAUUAUUAUACCUUUUAAUUAUAGUGACGAUCACUUAAAAACUACUUUUAAUAUUUGGAAGCUCUGCUUAAUUUAUAUUAUUUAAUUUUAAUAAUAAUUUAAUCCCUU